AAAAUAUAUAGUUGGAGUGGGACUACCCUGCCUCAAAAUGUCACUUUUCUUUUGCUGCUUGAUGAUUUUUUUCCUCUUUAUGACUUUUUACUUUUAUUUUCUAGGUUCUGCAAUAGCUGGAGUGAUUGAUGUGGACCUCAACCCUAAAUUCAGGCGGUCCUACUGAAGAAUGCCCAUUUCCCACAAUGCCCCAGCCUACAGACUGGCUACUGCGCCACUCAGUGGUCAUGUGUUUGUUGCUACACAGUUUGGUCCUGAUGACCUUCUGCUUCCAUCACGCCGCCACCACGUGCUCCAACCGGUGCUACUGCUCUGAGAGCGAGACCGGCGGCAAGACGGUGCGCUGCAGCAACCUUCAGCUCACAGAAAUCCCACUGGACAUCCCCAAUGACACACAACGCAUCUACUUGGACUUCAACCUUUUGACGUCUGUCCCAACUAAUGCUUUUGGAGGUUUAUCCCACUUAGUUGAGCUGGACAUAUCGCAUAACGAAUUAACCCAGCUAGAACCCGGCGCCUUCAGAGGCCUCGGCCCCUCCCUACAGUUCUUAGACCUGUCCUCAAACAAGUUAGUUAACUUUAACCCUGAGGCCUUCGAUGGCCUUCGGGCGUAUGCCAACCUAACGAACAAUCCAUGGCACUGUGACUGCAACUUGCAGAUGGCUAUGCCCCGCGUGGACCUGGAGCCUGUGUCGCUCACAGGCAUUGUGUGCCAGACUUCUGAUCCAGAGGAAAUAGGCGUUGAAGGACAUUCCUUCCUGCUGAAACCAGACAUUGACUUAUGCGUGGUGAUGAAGAAGACGACAGACGUGGCCAUGCUGGUUGUCAUGUUUGGCUGGUUUACGAUGGUCAUCUCAUAUCUGGUUUACUACGUGAGGGCUAAUCAGGAGGACGCCCGCAGACACCUGGAGUAUCUAAAGUCUUUGCCCAGCCGGCAGGGCAGGUCAGAGGAGUCUUCCACCAUAAGCACUGUGGUUUAGCACUAAUAUAACCACACUUUACUGAAAUCGUAUCUCAUAAUGACGGUGCUUGCAAUGUGGCCUGUACUUACACGGUCACCAUCGGUGUUCAAGAACCCAAGACGGAAACAACAACGGAAGCUCCAACAUUUGCAAACUUGUUCAGAUGAAUAAUUCAUCUUUCAGCAGACCAUUAAGACUUUUUUUCCUAAGUUGAUGGCCUUGUUUGUGCACUAAGCUGGUAAAAGCAGUGUUUCUGGUGAGUAUGGGACACAAAUGGGAUUUAUCCAGUGGUGCGUGCACUUUGAUGCAUCAACAGAGACGAGACACGGUCGUAUGAACGCCAGAGGAACGAGCUCCAUGUACGAAUGCCUUUUCUAUUAAUAAAAUACCUAUGAUAUGCACUCGGAUGAUUUAAGUAAAAUUACGUUUUGCAUGGAAA